UUCCACUUUAUUUGUAUCUCUUAUAGUAGUGUUUUAGUACUAUUGCUGUAUCAAAUGUAUAUCAUAAAAGUAACAUUAAAAUAUACUUUCAUUACAAAAUCGCUCCUUUGGUUAAACAUUUUAUCACUUUCGGAAAAUAAAAUCAGCUAUAUAUUUUGUUCUAUUUCAGGGACACUAUCAUUUUCAUCGAACAUUUUCUUCAGAAAUUAAAUUAAAACACAACGUUUUGCUCAAAUUUGUCCUUUUUAAGAACUAGUGGUCAAAUUUCAAGCAAACAUAAAAACAUCCUUAGUUGAAGGAAAUUUAAAAUUCUAAUUUGAAUUUUUUUUCUAUAUUUCGUUCAUACUAGAAUGUUCAAAACCUAGAUGGACAUUUAUAUAUUUAAAUGUAAAAAUGAGAGAGGGGAAAGUUUCGUGAAAAUUACAAUAUUCGACUACAAAGUGAAAGUGUUUAUUUAUGUCUGUUUUUAUGAAAUAAAUCUGCGUUAUUCUUACCUUUUUCUUAUAAAAAUACACAACAUGAACAUGUAUAGUUAAACCGAAAAGAAAAGUGAGAGAAGUACAUGUACCACUAGACCUGCACGGAUCCAGAUAGUAAUCGGAGGUCUCAUACCUCCGUCCCCACCCAGGGAAACAAUUUCUUGAUCCGCGUUUAUCUAUCUAUCAAACAAAGGCUGCAUCUGGCAACCUGCAAAGAGUAUUUCGGAGUUUUGCAAGCUCGGCGCUGGAAAUUGCAACCAUAUUAGUAUUAAGACAUGGGCAAACAUAAAUGACUAAAUAUUUUAAGGGGUGCAAUACAAUAUAUCGAUAAUAAAAACUGGAAAGACAUGAGAUGAAUUGGGUUUACACUAGAGAUGCUAUAAUUUUGUUUGUUUGCCCCACGUCAUGCACUUUACGCGGCAAGAUAAGGAUGUAAAACAAGUUACAUUGCAUGAUGCAAACAAUUCGAAUAUAUUCGAUGUAAGCAAAAUCUUUAAGUCCAAUACAUGAAAUCAUAACUGUUAAUGGUUUUAAAAAGUAACGAAUUGUAAGAAUAAACUAGUAAUUGACUUUUUAAAUUUGGAUUUAAUAGCCAUAAUCAACGUGCCACUAAAUGUUCAGCUAAACACAGAUUUAUUGCAUUAGAUAUUGUAAUUUAAUGCGCAAUGCAUGAUGACUCAUAAUCAAAUUUUUUAUAUUGGAAUUUGAAGAAGUAAAUGGAAUUUGACAUAUGUAAUGGAUCGCAAAAAGAUGGAAAUUCGGUAGCGAAUUUUUAUUUCUUUUUUUGAGGGGGUUAUAUGUAGGAAACAUGCAAGUUAUCAUAAUGCCUAACUAAUUGAUGAAAUUAUUGUUAUCUCCUCUCCAACAACCCAGGCAUAAUGGCAUUUAGAGACAUACACAAAACGCAUGUACAUAUUGUAUAAAAGUUAUUAAAGCGAUUUUCUUUAUUUCAGUGCAACUUCACCUAAACCGACAGGUCAUAACACUGCUUUCAGGUCUUAAAAUUCGCAACGAUUUUUUUCAAGAACUACAAGAGAAAAUGUUAUUUGAAUUGUCAGAUAUGCUUCUUGAUAAUGAUGUAGCCUUUGUGAAUCUCAGAGAGCUUUCAAUCGGAAUCGAUUUUGAAAAUCUGCACCAAAAGGGGGUUAGUUUUGUUUGCGAGCCCUUCUUCAGAUCUCUACUUACGUGUAUUUUCCAUCGAAAGCUUAAAGAUUUGAAAAACAGAACACGAAUUCAAAUACCACUUAGAAAAGGUCGGUAUAUGAUGGGCACCUCAGAUGAAACUAAAUCACUGGCAUAUGGACAAGUGUUUAUACAGUAUUCCGCAGAACCGCACCAUCCUAUGAUAAGCGUCAAAACUGUUCUGGGUAAAGUAGUAGUCACAAAAAAUCCUUGUUUUCAUCCAGGAGAUCUUCGUAUACUUGAAGCAGUGGAUAUCCCCGGACUUAGACAUAUGGUUGACUGUAUUGUUUUCCCUCAGCGUGGUUCUCGGCCACAUCCAAAUGAAAUGUCCGGUUCUGAUCUUGAUGGAGAUGAAUAUUUUGUUUGCUGGGAUGAGCGACUUCACUCGAUUGAAAACCAAAAUCCAAUGGAUUUUCCAAAAGCUAAAAAGAAAAGUCUCGAAUCAGAUAUAACGGUACCAGACAUAGUUGAGUUUGUUGCAAAUUACAUACAAAAUGACAACUUAGGAAUCAUUGCAAAUACCCACUUGGCCCUAGCAGAUUAUGAACCAGACGGAAUAUUUUCAAGUUCAUGUAUUGAAUUGGCAAAAAUGCAUUCUGAUGCCGUAGACUUUCCAAAGACUGGAAAUGCACCGUCAUUACAAAAUUUCAAGUCUCCAGAAAAGUAUCCAGAUUUUAUGAUGAAAAGAGAUAAGCUACAAUACACGUCUUCAGAAAUAAUCGGAAAACUUUAUCGUCAGUGUCGAUUUUUACUCCCAAAAGCUCAAAAUCAAGCUUUCAAAAAUGAUUUUGGUGAAUGUGAUAUUCCUUUUCUUCCUUUGUCACAAAGAGAUAUUGAAAAUGCUAUUUUACAAAGGAAUGUUUACAACGAGAGUAUCCUACAAAUAAUGAAUGCUUAUGGCAUUGAAAAUGAGGCUGAAGCGUGUACAGGAUUAGUCGAGUCAGCAAGGAGCAAAAGAGGUUGUUUAAAAGACGAAGCUUAUAACGUUGAAAAGGCUAUUCGGUCUCAGAUAUCAGUUUUAUUUGAACGAACUAAAACAGAGUUUUUCAAAGAAUUUGGAGUAGAAAACUUAUCUGUAUUAGAGAGUAUAUCAAUUUCUAGAAAAGCGUUAGCAUGGUACACGGUAACGUAUGAGGAUCGUUUUAGAACAUCCAAACAAUUACUAAGUUUCCCUUGGGUUGUGGCUGAUGUUAUAUGUCAGAUGAAACUGAAACUCCUUCAAACUAAUGCCUUUGACAAAAUAGAUCAAAGUCUUCAAACGAAGAUAAAGUCUUCUGAAUCAGAUCAAAAACGGACUGUCAGAACAAUAAAGAAACUUCGUCGUGUGAUUCAGACCAACAUUCCUAAAACAAAAAAAUAUAAAUAUUUGUUUGAACAUGAAGUGGUUUCAACUAAUUGCUGCAAUGAAUUCCUCGGAGUAGAACGAGAAGAUCUCAAGAUAUUUAUUCGAUAUAUGGAACGUCAUCAGGAUCAUUCGUUUGAUUUCGAACAUGACUUAAUUAAAAAGGGGGUACUAUGCUUUCUUAUCAAAAUAUCUUCAAAUGAAAAGGUAUUCGUAUCUUUUGUUACAGACGAAAGAAUAAAACAACUGUGUGGAACACUCAAUGAUUUCCUUCACAAGUCUCAUGAAUUAAGAUAUGUUGCGCAAACUCUUUUUGAGAACUUACGAGAGACUGCUGAUGAUAGAAGACCAAUAGAUAUUAAUGAAUGGAUCUUUACACUUAUGCUUUUAGAAGAAUCAGCAAAACAACACGUAGACCUUAACAGGUUAAGUUUGGGUAUUUUUUCAAAACUUUUGAUAUGUUGUUUAAGAAACGCAAGGGGAUUUGUCGAAAAUUGUGUACGGUCGUUAUGCCUACCCAAACCCUUAAAACAACGGUUAUUGAGAAAUAAAAAGAAUAUAGUACAUAUGUGUUUACAAAAAUACGUAGAAAUCGCCGAGUCUUUAAAUGUUGUUUCUCUAAGUCAUGCACAAGGUUUUGAGCAUGAAACAUCCGAAUCUUUUCUUCUCCCAACCGAGUCUUGGAGUACAAUUGAGUAUGCUUCAAUUUAUGCCCGUUUUAAGAUGAUGAAAAUAUCCGGCGCCGAUGUUUAUUUCCAUAACGUAUCGUUCGGAAAGCAGCAGGGUUUACAAAUGGAGGCAGUGGGAACAGUGAGCCAACUAAGUCGUCUUGGUAAGAUUGUUUAUGACUUAUCAGAAAAAUCAAAGAGCUUACAAUCAGCAAGAAAUGGUCGUUUAUCAAUAAAUGGAACAUUUUCCAUUUUAUUUGAAGGGGCUUCAGACAGCUUCGACAUUUUAAAUUUAGAUAUAUAUCACGGCCCGUGUCAAGGAAAACACAGCAAUGUUGCUAAAUAUAUUCCACAACUUAUGGAUCCCAACUGCAGUGGCUCAUAUGGUAGAGAUGCCUUCCAUGACAUGUUUAUGUCCCAGUGGCGAAUAGUCCAGAGUGAAUAUGAUUCCAUUUUUCAUGGUGAUUUGUGCAUUGUACAUGCAUUAGGAUAUUUUUAUAUCAUGGAUAUCCAGCAUUCUGCCUUAUCAAUUUCUGCCUUAAAUCAAUAUUUGAGUUCGUAUCAAGAACGAUUAGAAAAUCAACGCUCAAGAACUAAAGUACCGUAUUCCUUUUCCUUUUUACCAAUAAAUAGUAAUUUGGAAAAUAUUACAGAAAUCCUUUCUGAACAUUUUCUAAAAGUAGAAACAGAGAAAAGAGUUAAGGUCCGUCUUGGAAAAUUAGGAAUGUGUGAUCUUGAUGAAAAUCAAAGUUUUCUUCAAUGGAAUGCACCUGAAAUAAAAUGGUUUAUUGGUCAAAUAAUUUGCAAACGCAAAAAACGUUUCAGAAACAGAACCAGUGUCAGAUGUAAAAUGCAGUCGUACAGGAAUUUAAACCAAAAGGCAAUACAAAGAAUGGAAGGAUAUGAGCACUUCGUGGAUCGCAUAUCUAAUGGGUCUCUCUGUGAAAAAGAUGGCAAUGUAUAUAUUAUUAAAGAUAACAAUGUGAAAUACAUUCGAGAAAAGGAAAUAACAGUCUAUUCGAAUAUAAACUUAAAUUUUGAAAACGAAACGUGGCGGUCAAUUCGGGUUGAAAUGUCACAAUUCGUGAAUAUGAGGUAGAUUCCUUUGGCAGUCAGUAUGCAAAACGUAUCUCUGAAAGGACUGAGUUAGCAAUCAUACCACCAAACCCCGACACCAAAUCGACAGAUGACGAGAUCAAAAAUUAUGUAGACUGUCUUUGGGAUAUUGCUUUGUACUUUGGAAAUGUUAU